GGGUUUUCGUUUGUCGUCUUCGCCGUCACCGCACACAGUUUGGCGGUCAAGUUGGGCCAGUAAAGUACCAAGUUCACGUCUCCGCCCGCCGAUCCGUUCCGUUUCUUCCUUUAAAUGGAACUGCAUAAGCCAUUGUUUUUCUUGAUCGAGGUUUUAUUUUGUCUGAUUGCCUUGGCGAGAGCUGAUAUCAAUCGAACGGGUUGCAAUCGCACUGUCGAGGCAGGCGACGUCCUAGCCAAUCCGUUGCUGACGGGUUUUAAUAAAGGACGGCCCUACAAUUGUUGGUUUCUCGUGAAACCGCGUGCCAAUAGUGCGCCGAAAGACGUCGCUCUGGUCAUCGUCCUCAAGUUCCAGCGUUUUCAAUGGGGUCAACUAGUCAAUGCCACCACCUGCAUCGGGGGAAACCUACAGAUUUACGACGGGCCGACGGCACUGCACGAUUCGGGCAAUCCCGGGUUCUACUGCGGCGAGAUCGAACGGAGCCGAUUAUUCAUCUCGGAGAACAACAUGGUGAAAUUGCAUUUCUUCGCCGAGAGUUACGACGAUCGAUACCAAUUUGCCGUUUACACACGCCAGGAGCAACAGCAACAACUCGUCGAACGAUACGGCCACCAUCCUCCUCUCUAUCCCCACCGCCGUGGACAACCCAUGACGCCAGGUUCCUUGUCCUGCGAUCGGGAAUUCACGGAUUGUCGUCUGCAGACGUGCUUUGUCCAAUCACCCAACUUUCCCGGUGUCUACCCUCGGAAUCGUCGUUGUCUCUAUCACGUGAGCACCAGGCAGCCGUUUAUCAAGCUUUUCACUGAAGACGGAGAGUUCAACGUUGACGGCCAAAGAUGCGACAAUUACAUCAUGUGCCCCCUCCGACCUAUUGGCGAAGAAACUUGCCCUCACGAUUUUAUCAGAGUCUACGAUGGCAAUAGCGAAUCUGCCGUUGUAAUUGGCACGUUUUGCGGGAUCGGUCGCUUUCCGUUUUCCAUCGUCGGCACGGGGACCGAUCUUUUGCUGGAAUUCGUUUCUUCGGCAGCGGGACCUUUAUUGAACACGGGUUUCCACUUCAAUGUGGACAGCUGGCCCGGUAAUGUAGGCAGCGUAUUCAAUCAGCAUAUGGUUCACCAGCCCGCAGAGAAGUCGAGCAAUGAUUCAAAAUCUAAUCCGGUUUGCAGCUACAUUCUGACUAGCGCAUCGUUGGAAAGUAGCGGCGAUUCAGAGGGUCUUUUUCUUUCGCCGAUGCACUGGUACCUGCCCAAUACCGUUUGCACUUACUUGAUCACAGGCAAACCGGAGCAGAUCGUUCGUGUUUAUUUUCCGACAUUUCGCAUUAGCAAACCAGAUGCGCCAAUCAGACAGCCGACGGGCGACUGCAGCGAAUCGUUGACCAUCUACGACGGAAGUGAAGCUAAUCCGGCUCGGAUCAUUAAAACGUUUUGCGACACUUUUUCGAAACCGCUGGAACGUAAGGAUUUUCUGUCGACGGGGAAUGCUCUAUUCCUCCGAUUCCACAGUCGGGUUGGGUCGUACAGCGGUUCGUCAAUCAACUUCUGGGCCCACUACGAUUUUUUCAACAACAGCCAACCGGAGGGGAUCAAAACCGCCGAUACCGAUUGUGACGUCAUCUACGAUCCGACCACUCGGACUUCGGGCCAGUGGAUUUCCCCGUACAACACUUUAUUGUACAAACGCUCGGCAGACUCGGCGGACCUCAAGUGCCGCUAUAAUUUCCAGGGUAAUCGACGCAGCUCCAGUCGAGUCAUGUUAACUCUUUACAGCGUCAAUAUGAAGUCGGUCACACAUCCUUGCGCGGAUCGACUGAUUUUCCGCGAUUUCAAAAACGAUCUGACAAUUCUCGACGUCAACGCCAACCGGCUCAAAGCCACUGGAAAUUACACAAGUACCAGAGGCAAGGGCUAUCUCUGUCAACUGCAGUUUCAGAUGGGAAAUGUCUCUUUACCCGCCCGAGUACUUUCAUCGACGCCCAAUUUGUUGGCCGCUCUCCACAUCGAUGCGCUACGUUCCACUUCACUUUAUUUCAAAUCCAGCUCGCCCGUGUUCAACGGCCGAUACGAUUUCAUUCACCCAUUGUAUAUUUGCGGAUCUCCCCGCCCUAAUGUCACAGUCGACGGCGUCAUUAACUUACCGCAAUACUUUGAAGAUGAAGAUAAGGUCAGUCCGCUGAUUUGCGCGUGGGAUUUUGUCAUUCAACGGGAAAGCAAAAGAAUUGCCGGAAAUGAAACUGCUGCAUUAACAUUAAACAUUGAAGUUUCCGGUUUGCUCAACCUGACACGAGUGCAGAAGAUUUCGCAAUGUGGCGAUCCCAACGGCAACUCGGUUGAAGUGACUGUGCCCGGAAAUGAAACGCCGCUUCUUCUGCUAUGUACUAAACCUGAAAGGCACAACGACUUCUAUAAAGGAAUCCGAUUGAGAGAAGGGUUCGACGAUCUCGACAUCAUGAAAGAAACUCACUACCAACCUGAUGUCAAUUACGACUACAUCAAGUCUCCUGGAUUCAGUACUUCUCUAUCUCUUUUCCCUACUAAACUACCGCACCAUAAAGCCGUGGUCAUCGUGAAGCUGAACAACUUAAAGACGAGCUACGGAGUCCGCAUCUCAUGGUCUGCUCUGCACUGACGUGUAAAGCCUUUUUCGCGUACUACAGUCACAAGCUAUUAUCUAUUACUAAUCAAAACUUUGAGAACAUAUUUCGUAUUAUUUACACAUUUAACGUAGAACACUGCGCUCACUCAUUUGAAAUUAAGACAUCUAAAAUACAUUGUGUUAAAAUGUUGGCUUUGUGUUGCUCCAACGC